AUGCAUCACCAAUCGCCGCCCUCGGCCGACGGUCUUCAAAAAGACGACCCUGCUGCGACGUCGCGUGAAGGCUACAGCUCCCACGAGGUCGAUUACGAGUCCGCCCCUGCCUGGAAUGGCAUCGACACCAGCAGCGCCCAAGGCGCAAUCGACCCCGACUCAGGCGUAAAGCGCGGCCUCAAGAAUCGCCAUCUUUCCAUGAUGGCUCUCGCCGGCAUCAUAGGCCCCGGACUUCUUGUCGGUGCUGGUGGUGCGCUCAACAGCGGUGGACCUGCGUCGCUGCUCAUUGGAUUUGGUGUGAUUGGCAAGUUACCUUGUUCUCAUUCAUCUGUGAGCCGAGCUAACAUCUGCAUCCCAGGUAUCAUUGCAUUCGCCAUUAUGCAGUCCCUCGGCGAGCUUACUACCCUCUACCCUGGUGGUGGCUCCUUUGUCUCGCUCGCCGAGCGCCUUGUUGAUAAGUCAUUUUCUACCGCCGUAGGCUGGAAUUACUUCAUCAUCUGGGCCGCCGUCCUUGCCAACGAAUACAACGUCAUCUGCAGCAUCUUGGUGUACUGGGCGCCCAAGGUUCCCCUCUGGGGCUUCUUCCUGAUUUUCUGGAGCGUGUUUCUCGGUUUCCAACUUUUGGGCAUUGAAGCGUUUGGCGAGGCCGAGUUUUGGCUCGCGCUCUUCAAGCUACUUGGCCUGACUGCCUACUUUAUAUUCUCCAUUGUUUAUGCCUCUGGCGGCCUUGUUGGACAAAAAUCGGCACUAGGCUUCCACUACUGGCAUGAUCCCGGCGCGUUCAAUGGAAAUGGCUUCCGAGGCGUUGCCAAAGUCUUCAUAUUUUGCUCUACAUUUUACGCUGGUGUAGAGUCUGUGGCUGUGGCCGCUACGGAGACGAGAAACCCUGGCACUGCGGUACCUCAGGCUAUCCGACAAGUCUUUUGGCGCAUCAUUUUCGUCUACAUGGGAUCUGCCCUAUUCUUUGGCAUUACCUGCCCUGCCAACGCAGAAGGCCUCGUUGGUGGCGGUGCCAAGGCUCUGCAAAGCCCCAUGACCAUUGCCAUUCAAACCGCCGGAUGGGAGGGCGGCGUCCAUCUGAUCAAUGCGUUUAUCCUCAUCACUUGCAUCUCCGCAAUCAACUCCUCCAUAUACAUUGGCUCUCGAACAAUUCUCUACAUGGCCCAAUCUGGCAAGGCGCCGCGAAUCCUGGGCAACGUCAACAAGAUGGGCGUUCCCGUCGCCGCUAUUCUUCUUACCAACGCCGUAGGAGCUAUUUCCAUGAUGAACGUAUCGACCGGAGCCGCCAAGGCCUACUCCUACAUUGUCAACCUCUCUGGCGUAAGCACAUUCCUCGUUUGGGGCAGUAUCAGUUUUAUGCAUAUCCGAUUUCGCCGCGCCUGGACCACGCAAAAUCGAGACCUGGGCGAGCUUCCCUUCAAGAGUAUGGGCUAUCCAUUUGUCGCCUACUUCGGCCUUGCGGCCAACGUUUUUCUCGCCUUAGUCCAGGGAUGGACAACGUUUUCACCAUUCGUUGCCGGUGACUUUGUUGAUGCAUAUGUUCUUCUUCCUUUGUUUGGCGUCAUAUAUGUUGUUUGCAGGCUUGUCUGGAGGGAUGACAAGUUCAAGAGGAGUUGGGAAAUCGAUCUCGACGGCGGCCGCAGAGUCGAUAUGGACACCAAGGCUGCUAAUUACGAAGAGGGCCCAAAACCGCCUAUCUGGCGGAAAAUAUGGGACUGGUUCUAG